UGGUGCUGCUGAUUGGCCGGGAAGCUGAAGGGGCGGGACUACCCGGGGGAAACCUGGAUUUUGAGUCCCGCUCUGCGUUUUAAACCACAACUCCCAGAAAGCAUUGAGGCUAUGUGGGCCGCCACAUCCGCUGUUUGUCAUUGGUCCGGCGGGGGCGGAGGGGUGUUUUGAUUGGCUGAGGGUGGAGUUUGUAUCAGCGGGUUUAGCGCCACUCCGCUGGCUACGGCUGCUCAGAGUGUGCGGUGCUAGGUGGGCUCGCGUUUUCAGGGCAGAGAAGUCUUGCUCAAGAAGCUGCAGGAGGACACAGCUCGGCUGAGGUGGUAUUAGAGCAGCAGGUCCUGAAGUGGCGGACCUAGCUCUGGCAACACCUACCUCCCUGGUGUGCUUACAGGAAAACUCAUCAGGACCUUUGCAUCUGGAAAGCUGUGUAAAUGCAAUAAUCAGUGUGGUGAUGUCUCGGGAGACGGAUGUGGAGUGUCAUCAGCCGCAUGGCAGUGCCUCCCCACAGUCCCAAGGUGGCUUCUCGCAGUCCCACGGUCCCUCCUCACAGCCACACGGCUCCUCUUCACAGUCCCAGGGCACGUCCAGCUCCUCCACCAGCACGGUGCCCACGUCCAGCCAGUCCUCUCACUCCAGCUCGGGUACGCUGAGCUCCUUAGACACAGUGUCCACGCAGGAACUCUAUUCUAUUCCCGAGGACCAAGAACCCGAGGAGCCUGUCCCUGCCCCUUGGGCUCGAUUAUGGGCCCUUCAGGAUGGAUUCUCUAAUCUCGAGUGUGUUAACGACAGCUACUGGUUUGGGAGAGAUAGAAACUGUGAAUACUGCUUUGAUGAACCCCUGCUGAAAAGAACCGAUAAAUACCGGACUUACAGCAAGAAGCACUUUCGGAUCUUCAGAGAAAUGGGUCCUAAAAACUCUUACAUCGCCUACAUAGAAGAUCACAGUGGGAAUGGAACCUUUGUAAAUAGAGAUCUUGUAGGGAAAGGAAGACGCCUUCCUUUGAAUAACAAUUCUGAAAUUGCACUUUCAGUAUGGAGUAAUAAAGUUUUUGUAUUUUUUGAUCUGACUGUAGAUGAUCAGUCAGUUUAUCCCAAGGAAUUAAGAGACGAAUACAUCAUGUCCAAAACUCUUGGAAGUGGCGCCUGUGGUGAGGUGAAGCUAGCUUUCGAGAGGAAGACGUGUAAGAAAGUAGCCAUAAAGAUCAUCAGCAAAAGGAAGUUUGCUAUUGGCUCCGAGAGAGAGGCAGAUCCAGCACUCAAUGUUGAAACAGAAAUAGAAAUUUUGAAAAAACUAAAUCAUCCUUGUAUCAUCAAGAUUAAAGACUUUUUUGAUGCCGAAGAUUAUUAUAUUGUUUUGGAAUUUGAGUUUCCCUCCAGGAAUGAACCCCCUGCUUUGCCUGUGUGUUUCAGGAUGGAAGGAGGAGAGCUGUUUGAUAGGGUGGUGGGAAAUAAGCGCCUGAAAGAAGCUACAUGCAAACUCUAUUUUUACCAGAUGCUCCUGGCUGUGCAGUACCUUCACGAAAAUGGCAUUAUACAUCGGGACUUAAAGCCAGAGAAUGUUCUACUCUCAUCUCAAAAAGAGGACUGCCUUAUAAAGAUUACUGAUUUUGGGCAGUCCAAGAUUUUGGGGGAGACCUCUCUGAUGAGAACCUUAUGUGGUACCCCCACUUACCUGGCUCCUGAGGUUCUUAAUUCUUUUGGGACUGCUGGAUAUAACCGUGCUGUGGACUGCUGGAGUUUAGGAGUUAUUCUUUUCAUUUGCCUUAGUGGGUAUCCACCUUUCUCUGAGCAUAAGACUCACGUGUCACUGAAGGAUCAGAUCACCAGUGGAAAAUGCAACUUCAUUCCUGAAGUCUGGUCAGAGGUCUCAGAGAAGGCUCUGGACCUCGUCAAGAAGUUGUUGAUAGUGGAUCCAAAGGCACGUUUUACGACAGAAGAAGCUUUAAGACACCCGUGGCUUCAGGAUGAGGACAUGAAGAGAAAAUUUAAGAAUUUGCUUUUUGAAGAAGAAAAGUCGAUGACUCUGCCCCAGGUUCCCGCCCAGCCUUCUACAAGUCAAAAGCGGCUUCUUGAAGGGGAAGCAGAGGAUGCCGACCCCACAAAGCGCCUGGCUGUUUGUGCUGCUGUCUCGUGAACACCGGUUGACCAUGAAAGAAAUGUACUUUCUUGAACCCAGCUGCCAUGUUCUUUAAAUCUGUAUUGCAUAGCUUGUAUUUUCAUUGUGGGAACAGUUGCUUUUCCACAAUCAUUGAUACACAAUUCAAAAUGUAAUGGAACCUGGGCUUUGUGCUUUUGCUUGUUGAUCAGCUCUUAAUUACACGCCUUUAGUGUGUGCAUAUUUGAAGUUGUGUGCCUUUCCUCUGGUGCCUCUUCCUUGGCUGUAACCAGGCAGGUUUCUUGGGAUGUAUCCCUGGGUGAGUGGCAUACAAAUUCUAAAGUUGCAGGGGAUGGGGCACAGUGAGUCAGGGUGGGGUUUGUCGAGACUGGCCAGAGUCCUUACAAGACGGUCGGUACCUUGGUGCAUCUACUAUGGGCCAGUUUUUUUUUUUUUACUUUAAUUUUUUAAAAUUUUGUUUUUCAUUUUUAUUUUUUUGGCCAUGUGGCUUUCGGGAUCUCAGUUCCCUGACUAGGGAUCGAACCCAUACCCCCUGCAGUGGAAGUGUGGAGUCCUAACCACUGGACUGCAAGGGAAUUCCCCCACGGGCCAGUUUAGAGUCCCAUUCUCACCCUCAUCAUCCCUGAAACCACAGAGCCAGAUAAGUUGUGAAAUUCAAAAAUUUCCUGAUUUUAGGAAGAGGACCAGGCACAUCAACUGUGUUUAUAUGUAAUACCCCACUGAAUCCUAUAACCAAACACUUUAAUAUUUCUGCAGCAAAUAUUCACAGUAAGAGGAAUAGAGAAAACUGUAAAUAGCUUCAUGUCACUUCAGGUCCAUCUUUUCUGCCACGAGAGUUAUGGAGGACUCCCCAGUUUCAGAGCUGUUUGGAUUUUGGAAAUGUGACUAAGGCAUGUGGGCAUGUCAUGUUGACCCAAUGAUGACCAAGGAGGCCCUGUGUAAAGCGCCUCCCUAGGUUGUUCUUGUCUGGUGAUUCUAUGGGCUAGGUCCUCUGAUCACCUUUAUGUUAUAGGUGAGGAACCCAGGCUGAAGGAGUAAGGUGACUUACCCAGUGUCACACAGCUAGGAAGUGGCGGAGCUGGGACCCAACCCAGGGCUUUCUGACUCAAAUUCAUGUUCCUCAUCUCCUCCGUCCCUUAUUCAUUCAGACUCAGGGAUGUUGACUCACACUGACAAAACUCACAUGAGACUGAUUUCUAAAUCUUGAAUGCCAGUAUGUUCAGUCAUGAUGAAUGGGUACAACGCCAUGAUCUGUGGAAGCUGGGACAUCUUGGUGACAAGGAACAGAGGCCCAUUCAAAUUACUUCAUGGAAAAGGGGAUCUGUUUCAACCUUACAGAGGGCUGGGCCUGGGAGCCAUCAGGAGCCCAGGCAGUUCUAAUGGCUGGCUCUUCUUGUCUCUUUCUGACCCACUGAUUUUGCUUCUUUUGUAACUUUGGCUGACUGAUGCUAGGCCACAUUGUAGCUUGCUGACUAUGCCAUGAGUUGAGUGUCUUGGUUCAGAUGCCACUGGUGAGCCAGCCAGGGGAGGGUGAGGGGCACACACAUGUUGCCUCAGGCAAUGAGGGUGGUGGUUGGCAAUGGAAAUUAGAAGGGUGUGCAAGCAUUCUGAGGCUUGGCUGGCCUGUUGCUGAGGGCUAGAUGGGGAUUUAGGUGGUUUGCCUAUUUAAAGGAAUGAGGCUGAGAUUGCCAAGUUAGAUGGGUUUUAGCUCAUUUGAAUAUUUAAUGUGAAGGCUGCGGUUUCUUAGGGCAUCUUUCCCUCUUGGGGUAGCCAGCGAGCCCUUCUCUGUUUCCAGAGCACUUUGUAUUAGCUCUCUGAUUAUACCUACCAUGGUAGGAUGAAUGAUGGCCUCCAAAGAUGUUCUUAUCCUAAUCCCCAAAAUUUAUGAAUACGUGACUUUACAUAGCAAAAGAGACUUUGCAGGUGUGAUUAAGUGAAGGAUCUUGAGAUGGGAAGACCAUCCUGUUUUAUCAAGGUGGGCCCAGUGUUAUCACAAUGUUCCUUUUAAGAGGGACACAGGAAGAGUCAGAGUCAGAAGAGAUGGAGUGGUGCUCUUUCAAAACAGAGGAAGAGGCCACAAGCCACUACAGGCAGCCACUAGAAGCUGACAGACAAAAAGCAAGGAAAUGGAUUCUUCCAUCGGAGCCUCCUGAAGGAACCAGUCCUUUUACUUUACACCUUGACUUUAGCCAGGUGAAACUGAUUUCAGACUUCUGACCUACAAAAGUUAAGAGAAUAAAUGUGUGUUAUU